AUGGUGGACAGCUGUGCUGGCGGGUGGGGAGGCGAUGCCGCGUUUUCGCUGAAGUAUUUCAAGGUUGACGAGACAACCGAUGGAGAGCCUCCAAAAUUCGUUUUAUGACUUGAGGAAGUAUCCAUCGUCCCCAGCAAGCAUCUUGGCCUUCCUGUUUGUGACAGUACACCAAGAUGCUCACCGCGAUGGACUUCUGCAAGUUCUAAAAGUUGGAGCACCCAAAGACACGAAAUACCUACGCCUACCUGCUGCAGACGGGAAUACUGGAGCGGUACAACUCAUUGCUCUACAUUGUAGUAGUAACCCUAACAACUGGGGGAAUAGCCGGGCUAUUCUUGUUUUUGGUUCUAACUUCUAAGAAGGACUUCUAAAUAUAGAGAAAGUAUUCUUUUAAGCUGUUCAUCUUCGCGCACUUUAAUAUCCAUAUGUUCAACAGUUUACUAUGUAUAUGUAGAUGCAUUAAGAAGAAUCAAAAGAAUUAAUGCUGUUGAGCAAUAGUAUCUCGCUUAAGCUAAGACGAGAACCGACUUUCAUUUUUCUGCAUUUUUACGGCACGGAGUAGGGCCUGUUUUUCAUGAAAAUCAAUGGCCUAAAAAUUGGCCGCGGCGGGCUCAGUCCUGCUGCUUUUUAUUUCAAUGGGAUCCGACAAAGAGAGGCGACGGAGGAUAGCGGCAAAGGCUCUGGCGUAGAAUGGCGCUACCAUCUCCAUCUCGGGCCUGUCUCUCGUCUUCGUCUUGCCUCCAUCGGGAAUAUCACGCACAACGAAAACAGAGGAAGAAACAAGGAAGGGCGGCCGGCCUUGUGGAUGCGCGGACUGUCUAUUCCUUGCGCUUUAUAGCUAUACCCGCGCACACACUCACAGAGGCAGGCAGCAUAGAUUGCGAGACGUGCGGGAGAUUGUGCGUGAAGAUACGCGCAGCGCAGGCCUCGCGCGCGGCGUGCCUUGUGAGUCUUCCCCUUCGUUCUUUUGUUAUUCGGCAGCCGCUUCCCCGAUGCUCCCAGCCAUCUUCACACUGGCGCCCUUUUCUUUUCUCGCCGAGGCCGCCGACGUAUGCUCUGCGCUGGAUGGUCUUUGGCCUUCAGCUUCGUCGCUGUAUGCGCGCGGCUCGUUGCUGGCCUUUGAAAGUCACAAGAGAGGCGGGAGAAGUGCCCCGCACCCUUCCGCCUAGGCUCGCUUGCUGUCCCUCACGUGAUCAGAUGCGCCCCAGGCAAAUGACACUCCACGACAGCCACCAUCACUGGGGCGCGGCUUUUCUCUCUCGAGGGGGAUCGGCCACCAAGGGCAACGAACUGGCGCCGCCGUCGGCUUGCGUGUGGACAGCUUAGAUGAAUAGUGGCGCCCACGCGCGGAGAAUUAUUCAGGGGCUUGUGGGGCUCCCAGUGACUCGCCUCAAGGCCGCCACACGUCUGACCGACAGGCCACUGGCUGCCUGGCGUGGAACUGACGGGGGCUGGCGCAAAUGAGUAAGAGAACACACAAACACGCGCCGCCGGCCCGCCGAGCAAAGCAUGCAACAAGCCAACAGAGCAGAGGCAGGGGGCUUACCAAAUGAAAGGCGCGCGCCGCGGUGGUUCUGCGUUCUUGAUGUCGUGGCUCUUCCCUCGCAGUGGGUUGCUUCUUCCUUUGGCUGGUUGUGAGGGAGUGUUCCUUCCCACUUGUCGCCCCUGCAAGAAAAGAAGCCAUCAAAGGCGCGCGCCGCCUUGUGUGCAGCCGGGCGUGCGACGUGUAGGGUAUUCCAUUCCAUUCAAUGCCCUCCCGCGGCGUUUAGGCUUGAGAGUUAGUAGAACGAAGGAACGGUCGCCGGCCACUCGACCGGUGGGCGGGUGGGCUAGGGGAGUUGCAGCAUGCCCCGGAAAAAUUGCCCACAGCAUCGCAUGCAUGGAAGUCAUGUCAUCACGCCAGCCAACUGCAGCUACACAAAGUGAACGAAAAAGCCACCCAAUGCCAGGCUGGCCGCGUUGUCUGAGACAGAUGGCCCCGCGGCUUGUUAUUGAUGCCCCUACCUAGCGAGGGCGGUGCGUGUGGUUUUUUUUUCCCUCCUAGUGGCUUCGGUCUUGUCUGGUGUCUUGGUUCUUCUUCACUUCGCGUUGCCCCAAGCUCAGGUAGUCUCACUUUGCAAGCGAUCCCGUCUCCGUUUCCCUUGCCUCAAAUCUGAGACAGGGGCUCGCGCUGGGCUUUGCUCCUUCCCGGUGGGUUCGCUUUGGCGGCGCUUUUGUCGCGCCCAUGCGCCCUAGGCCUCGCUCAUGCACCAACAGUCAGCCUCGCCCCCCCUGGCUUUCUUCUGUGUUCUUCUUUUGUGUCGUUUGCCUUUCCCCUCAGACGUCCGUGACGUGUGUGGGGGUGGGCUAGCUUUUUCUUCUGGCUCAUUCUGAUCUGUAGUUACCCUUCCGUGUCAUAGCCUUGGCCAAGGUUCUUUGACUGACACGAGACAGAAAAGGCGCGCCCAAUAGAGAAACCUGACACACCGCAGCGCAGGGAAGCCGUCAUCCUUGCGCUAGCUUGUGACAGUGAGCGCUAUGUAUAUAUGUUCCAGGGCUCAGUGCGGGAGGCCCGCCCCCCCCCCGAUCUAACUUUUUGAGGGGGGGGGCCUCCCCGCACCGGUCCCUCUUUUCGAGGGGCCGCCGGGCGGGAAGGCCUCAAAGCGCCCACUUCUGACCCCUUCCCGCUUCUUGCAUGUACCCGACAGACCUGGCAAAGGUGGCAAAGGCUGGGCCCUCUUGUCGUGUUGUGUGUACCUGACAGAGCUGGCAGAGGAGGCAAGGCGGGACCCACCCCCUUGGCGUGCUGCAUGUACCCGACAGACCUGGCAAAGGUGGCAAGGCUGGAGCCCUCUGGCGUGUUGCAUGUGCCCAACCUUACGCCAAGGGGGUGGGUUCUUGCCUUGCCUCGUCUGCCAGUCUGUAGGGUACAGGCAAGAAGCGGGAAGGGUUCAGAAGUGGGCGCUUUGAGGCCUUCCCGCCCGGCAGCUUCUCGACAGACCUGGCAAAGGUGGCAAGGCUGGACCUCUCUGGCGUGGUCCACCCCAGAUCCAUCCACACGGGGGGGGCCUCCCUCCUUGGUGCAUAUAUUUAUAAUACUCAUCUUCGUCCUCUUAAUUGUUGCCAUGGUCAAUCUGCAGCCGAGAUAAUUUUGAAUACUCUUCCUUCGUCGAAAAAUUAAAAUAUAAAUAAAAAAGACCACAACUUCCAAGAUGAAGACGCUCAAUUAUCGAUCUUCGACGUUCGCUUUGAUAAUCAUGAAGACGGCGUUCACCUUCUAGAGGUCGUGUCUUGCAAUUAUACUACAACUCCCGGCGCACCAUCUGCUACAGACAUCUUUCAUGAUCUUUGCAAUCUCACUAUGUAUAUUUAUUUGUUGAUAUUCUAAGGUCUACAUCAGGCAGCUUAUACUACUCCUGCAACUACUAGUACGCUUCCUCCUCUCACUCCACAGGAGUACGACGAGACGGUAAAGGAUGACUGCGGUGACGAUGCCACUGUUGUGCCGAAAGAGGGUGGAAAGGCCUAUCGCUUCGCUACCAUGGAGCAUGCUUGUAUCACGUUCACUUCGCAGACCGAAUUAGUACAACCUUUAUUAUAUUUUCAAAUUUUUUAUUUCACUGGUUGGCUUUUUCGACUAUCUAAGGUUAACGAUGUUAUUUUCAAAUCUAAGUUUUGAUCAACAAAUUACACUACCGCUUCCAAUGGUUGUACCAUCUACUUGUUCGUGUUAAAUUACUUUAUUCAACAUAUCUUGUUCUUCUAGAGGAUAGACUGCCUGUUGAUAUUCGUAGUAGUCCAUGUUCUCCGAUAUUUUCUUUCACCUGCUUCAAGGCUUGUUAAUAUCUUGUAGGAGUAGAAGGUCCUCAUGAUUCAUCUUCCAGGGGUUACUGUUCUACUUCUUACUUUGACCGACAGAGGAGCAGGACGCUCACGACUGAGCAGGACGCUCACGACUUUUAAUUCUUGAACAUAGAUCAAUGACUUCUGAUGUUCUUCCUUACCACGAUCGAUUAUCCUACUAAAAAAGCAAUGUAAAUUAUACAUUCAACAGAAUUCCGACAAGCUGGCUCUGGUGAUGAAACAGCUGGAUGAGAUUACGGCGCGAUUGCCUCCUCCUAGAAAAAGAAGAACAAAUAACUCUCCAAAACCUACCUCUUGUCAGGCAUAUGAUCAAUCAAUCAAUCAAUCAAUCAAUCAAUUAAUUCUUGUAUCUUCAACAAUCAUCAACAAAUCCUGUUGUUGAUGAGCGUUUUAACAAUCUGUCUCAGAGGGUCUAGUACGACACGCCUCUUGAAGCUCCUGUAACCUGAAUCCGCACUCCCUCUUGGUCUGAAUUUUAAGCCUCAAUGUGAAGAUGGUGAUGAAGAUGUUGUGCUGGUAAGUCCAACGUACUAGCUAUCACUCUACGUAUAUAAUAAAGCCGGAGAAUACAGCAGGCUACCCCUGUGGAGGGUCGUGAUUCGACUCCGAUCCUAUUCUUUCUUAUCCUACGGUCUCUCACCCCCGUGAAACUACAAGGUGAGCCAACAAGACCUGCCAUUCUGUCUUAUCCUAUCCUAUCUCUCUUCUAAGACAAGCGGCAAACCUUUGAAGAGCACCAAGCAACCAGGUGAAUCUGAAGAGGAUGAGGCGGCCGAACAGGAGGGCUCGGAUCCAAUCGUGGAAAAGCAUUAAGGAAUAAGAGCACACUUCUAGGUCGUAUACUCUUUUAUCAUUACUACACCCUUCACGUUCACUCCAUGAAUUUUGAGUGUCAUCUGCUCUUUCGUCUUAUCAUGGAGCUUUUAUUACACUUAUGUCCCUCUCCAUCCGCACCCAUCCUACCCCCGACGACGUCACGAUGAUAAUUUCUACCUCGUUCGCUGGUGGAUUAGUUUGUCUUUGAUUUCAUACUUCUUGUGCCCGGUAGUUGAUUUUCUUCGUUCCUAGUUUUCCUAAUAGAAGGGGUCCACUGGAGCAAACUAUUAGAACCACCUCUACCACAUUGAUUUUGAUGAUCGGAGUCAUCUGAGGACGACCUCUAAAAAAGAAUGGCGACGGUUGGAUUCUAUCGUGGUGUGAGCGGCAACUGGCGCAAAGCCAAAUGGGUACUUACUUAGACUUACCAGUUUAUUUGGUAUUUACUCUAUAAAUCAGUGCUGCUGAGUAUUUGUUGUACUAGAUGAUCAUGCGGCGCCCCCUCUGCGGCCGCGUUCGUUCAUCUGGCAUGUGAGAUGGUCCCCUUCCUAUCUUGUUCUCCUUAAACCCGUCUUCCCCUGACCUGGGCUUUGUUUCUUUGUUUGAUGUUUGUUUGUUUGUUUGUUCUCAUCUUGGGGGAAGUUCCCUAGAUAUACUCCCCGUCGAACAUUCUGAGGGGUGAAGCCCGCGAAGGGUUUAGACAUCGGGAAAGGCUUCCACCUAGCUCGCGUGCCUUAUAAUUCCCCUGACGCUGUUGGGCGUUCGCGCUUGCCUCGCAGGCUUUGGGCCGCAGGCGCUGCAAGCGGCAAGAUGACAGACCGCGGCGCGGCUGCGUCUUGGCUUAGCCUUUGUGCUUCGUCUGCUCUUCGUUGUCGUCUCUCUUUCCGAGCUGUUUGCUUCAGGCUUUUCGCGUUCCGCUUAUGGUCGCAGAUCUGCCCUCCUUGAUCUCGCCCACUCACCGGCUGGAUUCUCGCGGGGCUCUGUUUGGAUUGCUAGACAGUUUCUCCCCCCGCCAACCUCGCACAGGCUUGAGGAUGUGUUAAAAAGCAUCAUAGAGCUACACCACUCUGGCUGUGCUUUCUUCUCGGUUGUUCGUGUGUCCGUGUCUGUGGGUUGGCGUAGCUGUUUCUAUGCUUCUUUAGCCUAAGGGCUAUGGACUGGAGUGGGCCUGGUCCAGCGAUGGCUGGAUUCUACGGCAGGGGGCUGAGUCUUGGCUCGCUGGUGACGCUUCGCAAUUCUUUGGGACCUGUCAUAGGUGUCCAUAGGAUUAGGAAGGCGCCCUGCGGCUCGCAAGGACGGGCGUUGCCCUUUUCGUUCUCGGGUGUGCUUCCAAUUCUGUUGCCUUACGUGGCAUGCCUUUUCUUUCCUCUGGCUUUGUGCGUUCGGUCUUGAACGCAGACUGCCUGGCAGCAUGCUGGCCCCGCACGCUGUGAGACUAGCAACAAAGCUAGCACGGCUGCGCCCCUUCAUGGCGUGUGUCGUGUCUUUGUGUUGCUAGCGGCGAACAAGUUUUCUCAGCUGUGCUAGAAGGGCUUUCUAGGGCCGUCGCGCUCUUUUCUGCGUUUCUUAUUUAUGUUACCUGCCUCACCUUAUCUGCUGGGCUGUUCAAUACGCUCCGCUUCGAUCGGGGGCAUGCUGUUGUUUAAUUAUUUAGCAACGCUCCCAAAAAGGUUGUGCGUUUGCGUUUAUUCUUAUUGCCCCCUUGGCGCCUAGAGUUCUUUCUGCGUGCCUCAUCAUUCAUCGUCACCACCCUCAUCACCAUCGCCAUCAUCAUCUUUAUCAUUAUCAUCACCACCAUCAUCACCAUAGCCGUUGGCCGAUCAUCGUCACCACCAUCGCCAUCACCAUCUUUAUCACUAUGAUCACCACCAUCAUCACCAUAGCCGUUGGCCGAUCAUCGUCACCACCAUCGCCAUCACCAUCUUUAUCACUAUCAUCACCACCAUCAUCACCAUAGCCGUUGGCCGAUCAUCGUCACCGCCAUCGCCAUCAUCAUCUUUAUCAUUAUCAUCACCUUCGCCACCGUCAUCGCCAUAGCCGUUGGCCGAUCAUCGUCACCACCAUCAUCACCAUAGCCGUUGGCCGUGCUAUCUCCUUCAAGUCCCACUGGUGCUUGAUGAAUAUCAUAGCCGACGCCCGUGAUGAGCCACACCUCCAUCCACCUAUUUCUCUUUCCACAUGGUUAAUUAUGGAUGUGGCUUAUUUUCUUCUUUCUCCCAUUUAGCAGACCAUGAUCGAUCUGGGCUGCCCUUUUUCCCCUUGCACGUGCAUAGGUGAAAGGGGGGCCUGCGCGAUGGUUAGAGGGGAGAAAAAGCAACAUUCAUCAACAUAGUGAUCAUGUCGAAACUUGUUGACAUGCGAGGACACUUGACAAGGCUCUGCUAUAGUACAUCGAAAGGUGAAUAGUACGAUCCUGAUCCUCUCAGACAGAAAAUGAAUAUAACGUCGCACUUUUAAUUUACUCGUCAGGUUGCUGUUGCGUUGGGUGGGGCGGCCACAAUUGGAGCGGCUGGGACUGUUGGCGUGUACGUUGCGGCGGCUGGGGCAGUGGCUGGGGCAGGGGCAGCGGCUGGCGCCGUCGCAUCGUCUAUUUUCAAUCCCCUCGGAGGCACACUACUUUAUGGCACGACAUUAUUUCUUGCGUUAAAGGGGCAUGCGCAUAUUAACACUCAGGCCACCCGUCUAGCAGCCCCAGAAUACAAAAAAAGCAAACAAGACUCCGCGAAACCUGAAAUCUGAAUGUCUCUUGUCUGUGCUGUGUCUUGCUUCUAGAGAGAUCUUCUCAAAGCAAGAACCUAACCUCACCUCAAGCUGUUCUAACUCCUAGCGGCGUUUAGCUUUGGCACUGCUGGAAGCACUGCAGGCGCUGCUGCUGUGGUUGGAGGCCUUACCAUGAAUUCGGGUAUUGUCGCAGGUGCUUACGCUAAGGCCAGCACAUGAUCACUAUUUCACUUGCUUUCGUGAAGGUGCGACUGAGCAGGGGGAGAAAAUGAAGAUCUAAAUCAAAUCACUGCUCCUGCUCUUCCUGAUCCUGGCGAACAACAUUAACCCCCUGCUCUAGGAUUAUAGUAUACUUGGGUAAAACCCCGCUAGGAUUCAGCUGAUUGCCUCGUUUCUAAGAGUGCUGGUGUUGCAAGUGGUCUCGGUCUGACCAAGUUGGCGUCAAUCUGGAAUGCACGCAGUACUUCGACUUUAUGGCCACUAUAAUGAUGCUGAAGCCUGUUUCACUCUCUCAAUAGUCGUGUCGUCCAUCUAUGAAAGCCUCCAAAACUUUUUCCGAGCACGGACGACUUCUAAAUAGUAGCGCAGUUUUUGAUUUUGAUUAAUAGUUUCUACUUCUGCUACUUCUCUACGCGAAUGAGUGCACUUCUCUAAUAUGAAAGCCUCAGCUUGCCACUCAGGCGUACGCAUUUAAGCCGAAAGGUUCCCCCUGUGUGGUUCGCGUUGUCGGCGGGAACUGGCUCUCCAGGAAGGCUAAAGGGUUGAUCGGUAGCAAGGGAAAUUAUGCGUUAACCACUAAUGAAUGGAGGUAGAUGUUCUUCUUGAUGCAUCAACUACUAUUGCUGCAUGCGACAAGUACUACAAUGUAUUACCGCACGCUACAAGUACAAGCAUUAACUACGGUACAACUAAUUAAUACUACAAAAAACUGGUACUGGCGGUAGAAGUAGAAGUAGAAUUACUCUACCCCACUUGGCGAACAACAUUCCUGGAAUUGAAAAACCUGAUUUGGAUCAGAAGGGAAAACGAGAAGAGAAUCCUUGUGAUCAAAUUCAGGUUACCAAAUAAUGAAUACAAUAGAGAAGGGUAGUUCUUCUUGCUCUACUUGCAUCAACUCUAUGCACUACUUGCACAACAACAGCUGGCUCUUAUCAAGAAUAGCUGGAAUUCCAAAGAAAAAGUUCGUCAGCUACAAAAAUAUCUUCGUCCAACAUGUUGUGAAUGUAGAUUAUAGUAGUACAAAUAGUAGAGACCAUGACGACCAGUACGUAGAAGAUGACGUCCCAUUUACGUAUGAUGUUGGGACGAAGAUCAUCAGCUCCUCUGGUCCUCAUCUCCUCUAAAACAAAACGCACAGGGGAAAGUGCAUGCCGAUGAAGUUAUGAGAACUACCUGACCAUACAUUCGUGAAACAACAAUUAAAGUCCUCUAGAGCCUACUAGACUAGGCGCGAUCGCAACAUUCAACAACAAUUAAAGUCCUCUAGAGUCUACUAGACUAGGUGCGGCGGGUAGGUAAAUAAGUGAAUGAGUGAGUGACUGAAGAGUGAUCAGUACCGCCCCCGCCCUCAGCGCUCACCUCGAUCUCAGCACGACCGACCCCACAGUGGUCCUACGAUCUAAGCAUGACCUGAACCUGAUCGUGAGUUUGUGUGCUAGCAAGUGAUACAUUUAUCUAGUGUAUGAUGCAGCUACUCAUUGAGAGCGAAGAAAUGGGAACAACGUCGUUCCUAAGUAAGAAGACAAGAAAGGAGGAGCGACGUUCCCCUAUUCUCCAUGAGUCCUACUCCUACUCCUUACUUCAGUACUCCUAUGACCUCAUAGUGGUCCUACGACCUUAGCCUUACGGGUCCUUACUUCAUAGUGCUUGGAAGACCCCGGCAAACCCGAGGAACAGGUCACUGUCAUGUCGUGCCAACCUGAUGUUCAAGCACCCGGCGCCGGCAGGUAAGCACAAUACUCUUUCCGGGAGGGGGAGCUAAAGCAACUGACUUAAGGCUCAAGAGUAUUACUUACUCGAAAACUCAAAAUAACCGAGUUGUUGCUGACUGAAAUAAGGGAGGUAGCUAGCUUUGACAUCAAGGCUACUCUUCCUGCUCAUCAGUAUCUCGGUUAUUCUGAUCAGUUACUUGCUUAGUUCAGUUUUUCGAAUAAGUCAAAUUUCAUCUACGCGUGGUCAUUCGUUCCCACUUAUUGCUUUGAGCUCUAUUAAUUCACUAGACUAGUACAUUGUGAUUGUACGUUAAGUUACUUCAAUUGUAAUAUUACAUCUACUUAUUAAGAGAAACAUUGAAUCUAAUGAUCCGUCUACUCUUUCCCUCAGGCUCAUCUUAAGAGAAAGGCCCCUUUGUAACAAGUAGGUGGGUACAUAGUAUUUCUAGGGCCGUUUAGACUUGUCCCAGGUUUAGAAUCAGUGACCAAGAAUGGCUUCUGCCUCUAAGAAGGGGAAGAUGACUGUAAGGCGCAGGAAGCAGUCUUUACAGUGUAAGGAGCGGAGAAGGUUUGGGUUGGGCAAGGAUGAGAAAGAAUCAUGGAUGUGGAAUGGUAAGGGGGAGGUGGAGGUUCCUCAGGGUUGCUGGUACCAACGGGGUGAGAUGCAUAAGGGAGGUCUAAAGGGGUGAGAUGCAUAAGGGGUAUGUAAGAAUGUUCAGAGUAAGUAGUAGCUGGCCUGGGAUCAUUAGGAAGACCAUAACUAAUCACUCAAUCACGAAGGGAAGCAGGAUGAUAGUCAUCAAGGGGUGGGUCGUGUGACUGAUCGUCAUGAAUGAUAGUCGUGAAUGAUCGCCUUCGCCAUGCUAUUCCUUGCUAAGCAUCUAUAAGUUAAGAGAAUUAAUAUUUGAUGUCUGACAAACAUUGUUUGCCGUAGUAACAAGUUAAAAAGGGCCGUGCUGUUGAGGUCGAUACAAGAGUCGAUACCAGUCAGAUGAUUCUCCAGUCAAGAUACAAGAGUCGAUACAAGAGUGCUGCUGAAGUCGAUGAUUCUCCAGUCACUCAGAGCUCUACAAUGUUGUGAGUAGAUGCACAACUUCAUCUAGAAGCAAGAUGGUGUGUGUAUGUAUGUACUUAUGUAUUUAAAGUGCUAGAAGAUGUAUUGAAAAAGUACUAGAUGAUCAUGUAGUUGUAUGAAAUAAGAGUCGUACUGAAUUAUAUUUUUAUUAAAACUGAUAGAGUACGUAGUUGUAGAGAAUAUCUUGCUAUUGUCAACAUGUUGAUCUGCAAGCCUCGUCUAUUAACAAUACUUGAGCCCCCGAGGUUUCUUGUUGUGAUAAAUCUUUUUCGAAGAAAAGAUGGGAAAUUCUUUGGACCACGGAGUCGAUUUCUUGAGUUUAUCUUCUUCUCGUUGUAGGUUUUCGUUUUUAUCAUCAUCACCGUGAGGCGAUCUCUUCAGGUGGUUCAAAACAGAAAAAUCAAUCACAUCAUAAUUUCUUUGAGAUUGGAAGGAUGUGGAGUUCCAAGUUGAUGAAGGCAUGAUAUAAAUACGAAGUGUGAAGUCUUAAAUGCUUAUGACGUCAUAAAAAUAGUUGUACACAUGAACAGAAUUCUUCUAAUCAAAAUAGAAAUUGUAGUUCGUAGCGCACUACUUCCAUUUGGAAUUUAUUAUUAUAGAUUUUCUUUCGAACAACAAGAUGCUCAUGUUCAUACACCGGUGUAGAUAUGCUGCAUCAAACAACGACAUAACUACGGCAGAAAAUUUUCCCUCCUCCUCUUUUUACCUUUUUUAUCUUCUUAGUAAAAGUAAAGCACUUACUCUUAUACCCCACGAGGUGGAAUGGGCGCACUGCUACCAGUUCGCAGAAAAUAAAGAAAGAAUGGCGCCAGUGAAAACAUAAUCUCUCAAGAUCUAUUGUUAGCUUAUGUCUCUACAACUUUUAGAGGAGGAGGAGGAGGCGAGAGAGGCCAAACAAAUGUCGUGAGAAAUAAUAUGUUGAUAGUUGC